AUGGCACAGCUUGAAGUCCCCAAGCAGCGCUCUUCUAGAAGUCCCAAGAAGAAGACAGAAUACAGCAAAGAGUUUCCCUCUUUCUCGUCUUCUUUCUCAUCUUCGGGAUCCUCCUCCUCCCUCGAUAUUCCUAUAAUUUUCAGCGUGUUUUACGGCAGACCUCAGCGGGUCUCAACUUCUCAGUCAACGUCCUCCCAUCCACUUAAACACGUCUCAUUUGAAAGCAAAGUCAACUCUGCGUUCAUCGAACACGCUCGAAAAAAGACUGAAGAACCGCGAGGUCGAAUAUGGGAGCGUCGCAAGCAUCGGCGGGACUGUGAUUCAGUUCAGUUCAAGGAGAUAGCUUCCUUAGCAAGCACGCACCAUGAUCAGAUAUUGGAGCUGUGGGGUAGCAAACAUUGUGCUAUCUGCGAGAAUCGGCCUGCAACAGCUGUACUUUAUUUGCCUAUUUGCUGCACGUAUGAUGGGUAUUAUACUCUUGCAGAUGGAGAUAGGCUGUUUGGGCUGAUGCUGUCGAUUGCAAAGCUCGUAGCGGAGCUCGAUUCGGAUGUCAAAGUGCGUUCAGCCAUCGGAAGCAACGUUCAUAUGCCAUACAUCAACGGUCUCGCUGUGCCGGUUUGCUCAGCUGAGGACAACUGUCGAAAGGAGGCCAACUUGGAGGUAGCAAAGUUCCUAAGAGCUUUUGGAUUCGAUGAUGCUCCGGUUACUGAAGAAUCAAAGGCCGACGAUAAUGACUACGAUAGCGAGGAAAGAACCAAGGAUGAGCAGGCCCGACCAUUCAGGCCACUCCUGAAGCGUCGAUCGACUUGCAGCUCCAAAUUUGCCACGGACAUGGCGAUGUUUCGGGAUGCGAUCGAGGCAGAUGAGUGGGAAGACGACGAUGUCAGUGAUAGCGGUGAUGAGGCUGCUCCAAGCGAACCUCCUGUCCCUAGUAUCCCCGGCCACAGCCCAACGCGAAUGUACAUGCGCGAGCGAAUCCCGUUACGAUAUACAGUGUUAUGCGGCCAACCCAUACUAGACCCGAGUCAAGGUACGACAGCGACUGAGAUCGAUGCCGGCCGCUUAACCUGCCUUGUCUUUACUUCUCGAUGGGAAGCGGGGCUUCUAGAAUCAGUUGCAAAUGCUAGCCAUGAUCCGGAGCCGUACCAGAUGAUAGCGUCAUUUCAUGAACGAUUUAUCAUGGCAGCCGCCGAAUUCCGGUGUUGCAUUUGUCCCAAUUUUGUGCUAGCUACGACGUUGGUUCAUUGCCCGAUCUCAUUUAGGCGAGAUGCCGAAAAUUCACCUGGUAAUCACCCUCAUCGACAGUCCAUGAUUAGGCUACUACAGUAUACGAAAGGGAAGUGGAACUACCCCGAAACAAAGGCAGCGUUAGGAUAUGAUGGAGUCUGGCAUAUCGAUGACUUUGUUGUGCCUAUAUGCCACGGUGGCUCUGUAUGUGAAGAAACGGCAAGGAUUGCGGUCACACAGUUCAUCGACGGGACACUCGCGACGGGUGCAAGCCGGUGCUACCCUGGUUUGUCACCGGAUACAGACCUACUCGGCGCAUACUGGGUUGAGAAUGGAGGCAAAAUACCAAAACUGGUAGUUCAAAGGAUAGGACUGGGCCUGUUUACUGAUGUUCAGAGUCAGGGGGGCCCUGGAGCAGAAGCAAUUCUAAAAAACAACCAGGCUAUUGAGGCUAUUAGGCGCUCUGUUAUGGCCAAGCAAGAGAGCCUUAAUGCACCCGAAGGAUCUGGGUUGUACGUUUCUAACCACGAUACUGAUAUGGGUAGUGAGGCCAGCCCCCGUCUUCCCGAAACAUUGAACGUAGAAAUUAUCCAGGACAGGGGCAAAACUUACACGUAUUCUCUCGAAGACGAGGAUGCUAUGUGUUUUGCAGAGGCAGAGGAAGGGGGUAUACCGACGUGGGGCGGUUAUCCUCUGAGCGAGGAGUCAACUAAGCUGGUGGACGCAGGGCUACAUGAGUUGGCGUUGAUGAAGCCUAUGAUUACGAUGGAGGUUCUUAAGACGUUGGAGACUACGAAGGAGUUUAUCAAGGGGCGAUACUCUUUACGAGAAGGCGAAGGGGAAGUUAAGGACGAUAUUGAGAGCGCGGAUCAAGGAGAGACUUAA